GCAUUAUAUUAUCAUCUGAUUAGCAAGGUGUUUAGAAAUUGAACUGCUGUUGGCUGUGAGUUGAAACUUGCAACAGGGGUUGUAGCGUUCUUUCUCGAAGUGUGUCCCCUGCAAACCAGCUCGAUCCACCCUUUUGCAACCAUGCCUCCCAAAAGGACGGUAGGUUUGGGCAGCAAGGCACCAAGUGAGGGUGAGCAAAAACAUGAAGCAAAAGUGGUUAAACCGCUCAGAAGAUCCGAUAGAUUGGAAAAAGCUGCAGCUGCUGCAGCAGCAGCUGUUGCUAAAGAAGAGUCCAAGCCACAGAAACGAGCCAGGAAGCUUUCACCAAAACCCAAGAAACAGCCCAAAGGGAAGAAGAAAAUAACCAAGGAAGAGGUUUCACCUGCUCAAAAUGGUGAAACGAAACCUGAUGAGGAACAGAAAACUGAAUCUGCAAGCAAUCAGAAAGACGACUGAAGGAUCUGCCAUUGCCUUCAGUUGAUUUUUAUGUAACACUUGUAGAAUUGAAAAUAUUUUUAUCAAGUUAUUUUGUAAAUGCAAAUAUUUUUAGGAUUAGUACAUUUUAGAGUGUGUGUUUGAAAGACAUUGAUAGAACCUAAACAUCCUUUUAGGCAAGUGGGAUCUUUCUAACUUCUAUUGAGCAAAAAAUCAAUUUUACGAUUGGAAAGAUUUUGCAUUGUUAUCUCUUGACUAACUUGGAUAUGUGUUCCAUGGGCUUUGAAGUUUAGAAAUGUUGCCUUUAAUACUUAAGGUGAUUGAAAUGUAUAACUAAAAAAAUUAGUUUCACUUUUGAAUGUUUGUUGUAAAGCAAUAAAUCUGUGAAUUGUUCCAAGAGUUGAUGGAUGAGUGCUGAUGUGAUCACCUGCUUGGUUUGUGGUCUGUUUUGUAAUAAAUGCUUUUUUUCUCAA